AGAGGAGGAGCAGGGAGUUUGAGGGAAGAGCAGAGACACAGGAACACAGAGGAGCAGACGGAGCACGCACAGGUGUGAAAAUGUCAAAUCUACAGGAAACAAUAAGGAAGAGGAAGAUGAAGAGUGAUGAUGAAGAGCAGAGUGAUGUUGCACAAAAGAGGAAUCCUGGCCCCAGCAGUUUGGGGAAGAUGGAGUCGACUGGUCCCAGGCCUUUGUCAGUGAAGAGUGAACGUUCUAUGGGCCAUCCUAUGACCUUUCAACGAGGACCCAAAAGUUUGGAGAAGAUGGAGUCGACUGGUCCCAGGCCUUUGUCAGUGAAGAGUGAACGUUCUAUGGGCCAUCCUAUGACCUUUCAACGAGGACCCAAAAGUUUGGAGAAGAUGGAGUCGACUGGUCCCAGGCCUUUGUCAUUGGAGAGUGAUCGUUCUAUGGGCCAUCCUAUGACCUUUCAACCAGAGCCCAAAAGUUUGGAGAAGAUGGAGUCGACUGGUCCCAGGCCUUUGUCAUUGGAGAGUGAUCGUUCUAUGGGCCAUCCUAUGACCUUUCAACCAGAGCCCAAAAGUUUGGAGAAGAUGGAGUCGACUGGUCCCAGGCCUUUGUCAUUGGAGAGUGAUCGUUCUAUGGGCCAUCCUAUGACCUUUCAACCAGAGCCCAAAAGUUUGGAGAAGAUGGAGUCGACUGGUCCCAGGCCUUUAUCAUUGGAGAGUGAUCGUUCUAUGGGCCAUCCUAUGACCUUUCAACGAGGGCCCAAAAUGAGCCCAAAGCGUUUGGGGAAGAUGGAGUCGACUGGUCCCAGGCCUUUGUCAGUGAAGAGUGAUCGUUCUAUGGGUCAUCCUAUGAGCUUUCAACUAGGGCCCAAAAGAUCCCAGCUUCCAGUUUGUUGCGUUUGUGAAGAGACUUUUGAAGAAGACCCUUUGUAUUUGACCUGUCCACAUGUGGCCUGUCCUCCCUGUGUAAUGAACAACACACAGAUCCACUGCCCUCAGUGUGGCACCGAACACAAACUGAAACCGACUCCACAGGCUCUCAGACUGACAGGGGACAGUAAACCCUUUGACUUAACUGAGAAACUGAAGAAGGAGAUGCUCAACAGGUUUUCUAUGACGACUGAAGGAACUGGAGAUGAGAGGACUCCCCUGAACCACAUCUACACUUCACUGUCCAUCAACUUUGGCAAGACAGAGGUUGUCCCAGAGCACUACUCCAAACACAUGAUGAUGAAAGAACUGGAUCCUCAAGAAGAAAUCCAAGUCAGUGACCUUUUCCUUAGUUCACCAGUGAAGACCAGAACUGUCCUGACAAACGGCGUGGCCGGAAUGGGAAAAUCUUUUUGUGUCCAAAAGUUCAUUGUGGACUGGGCUGAGGGCGCUGCUCAAAAAGAUACUCCUUUUGUUUUCUGUCUGGCUUUCCGAGAGCUUAAUCUGGUCAAAAAUGACAGAAGUUUGCUCCAGCUCCUGACUGACUUCCACCCCGCUCUGAGCGGCAUAGACCCACAGGUCUUAGACUGCACUAAAGUGAUCCUGAUCCUGGAUGGAUUUGAUGAAAGCCGGUUUGACCUGGACUUCAGAAACACAGAGAGAGUCACGUCGCUCCAGAAGGUCACUUCUGUGUCCAGCCUCAUGUUCAACCUGAUCCAGGGAAACCUGCUCCCUACAGCCCAUCUCUGGAUCACCUCUCGGCCGGCGGCCGCUCAUCAGAUCCCCGGAGAGUUCAUCCACUCAGCCACUGAGAUUCAAGGGUUCAACGAUCUCCAAAAGGAAGAAUAUUUCAGGAAGAGGUUCAAGAACAAACCAGACCUCGCUGACAUGGUGAUUUCUCACGUGAAGUCGUCACAGACGCUGGACUUGUUGUGCCAGAUCCCCAUCUUCUGCUGGAUGUCCUCUGUUUUAUUUGAGGAGGUCUUUGGAGGAGAGGAGCAAACUGGAGCUCCUCAGACCCUCACUGAGAUGAUGGCAGCAUUUGUGUCUAUUCAAACCAAGCGCAGCAGCAGAAAAUAUGACAAGAACCCAGAGAAAGAGAGAACCAAACUUCUAAAAGCUAAAAGAGAGCUCCUCCUUAAAGUCAGCAAACUGGCCUUUAUCCACCUGCUAAAGAACAGCCUGAUCUUUUAUGAAGAAGAUUUACAACAGUGUGGACUCGACCCCAAAAAGGACACAGUCAAAUCUGGGUUUUUCAACUCCAUUCUCCAACAAGAGCAUCUGUUUUUGCAGCAGAAAGUGUAUUUCUUUGUGCAUCUGACCGUACAAGAGUUCUUCGCUGCUCUUUAUGUUUACGACAGUUUUACCAACAACGAACCCUGGGCUCCAGAGCUGAGCACCUUCAUGGGUCUAGAGUCAUCAGAGCCCUCCUCCAGACCCCUAAUGUUUGACCUCCUAAAGAUGGCCGUCGACCAAGUGUUGGAGAGGAACGGUGGUCACUUGUUCCUCUUCCAGCGUUUCCUUUUUGGUCUUGUGCUUGAAUCAAAUCACAGAUUUAUUCCUGGAUUACUGCUCCCUCUAGAGUCAAGUCAAGACACAGUUAAAAAAAUGUUGAGUCAUCUCAAAACCAUUCGACGCAAAACCGUCUCCCCAGACGCCUGCAUCAACCUGUUUCAAACCAUGGUGGAGAUGGGAGACACCAGGAUCAGUGAAGAGAUCCAGGAGUAUUUAAAGUCAGAGGACAGAGCUCGGGUGCAGCUGACUCCUCUGCACUGCUCUGCUCUGGCCUUCACCAUGCUGGUUUCUAAGAGUGUCCUGGAGGAACUCGAGCUAAAGAGCUACAACACGUCAGAGGAGGGACGACGGAGGCUCAUCCCGGCUGUCAGGAGCUGCAGGAAGGCCAACCUGUCGGACUGCAGAGUGACUGAGGCUUUACUGAAGCCUCUCUCUUCAGCUCUGAUGUUUCCACACUCGUCUCUGAGAGAUUUGGAUCUGACCAACAGUGAUCUGGGGGACUCUGGAGUGGAGCUGCUCUGUGAGGGUCUGAGGAGUCCAGCCUGCAGACUCACAACACUCAGGUUGUCCGGUUGCUUAGUGACAGACAAAGGCUGUGGUUUUCUGGUCUCGGCUCUAACAUCAAACCCGUCCCAUCUGAAGGAGCUGGACCUCAGUUAUAACCACCUGGAGUCAGGAGGAAGAGCCCUGACUGAACUAAAGACAGACCCUCAGUUUAAACACCUCCAGUUUGAUGUAUCUAAUGGUGGAAGUCACAGAAUGAUCCCAGGACUGAAGAAAUAUCUGUGUGUCCUCACCUGGGACAAGGCCUGUGCAGGGGUGCAGUUUUCAGAGGAGCAGAGGACAGCGUCCCGCUCUGAGGACGGCCCAGACUCGGUGCUGGUGCGAGGAGCACAGGGGCUGAGCGGUCGCUGUUACUGGGAGAUCGAGGCCUCUGAACCGUUCAACAUCGGAGUGACACACUGGAGCAGAGGGCUGGAGGAGUUUAGGCUGGGACAAAACCAGACGUCCUGGAGUUUUGUUUGCUCUGAAGGGGGCUGCUAUGGUUUCCACGACAACAAGAGCUUCCCAGUCUCUGUCCACUGUUCACGCUCCAGUCGACUGGCCCUUUAUCUUGACCACACGUCCGGGGUCCUGUCCUUCUACAGAGUCACUGCAGACAGUCAAACACAUCUCUACACUUUCAGAGAGACAUUCAACCAUAUUCUGUUUGCUGCUGCUGAGCUGAAGAUGAAGGGCUUUGCCAAAUUUUACCACGAUCAGAGCAGACAAGAAUAACCUUUAACCUCAGAAAUCAAUGAUUCAAGAGUCGAUGAAGGUGAUCGGUGUAGGUAGAGCCACUGUCUCAUCUCCAGUCAGUGCAUGGGCCGUGUGCUCACAGGGCCGGGGCAGCAUUUGGGACAUUUUUUUUUCAGUCUCAUUUAAAAAUGUUCAAACGGAAAGUGUCAAUAAAUUUUUUUGUUACAAUAAAAAAACAACACACACAUUACGUGAUAUAACUCACCUAGUUACAUGGAAUCAAAUGCUCGCUCACAGACAAAUGAAGCCAGUCCCUCGUUAAAGUAAGUCUGCUCUCCUCACAGUCACAUGUAAAAGACGAGGUUUCGUGUCACUAGAUGUUCACCAGACGUGCACAAGUUCACAAAUCUCAAUUGGAACAUGUGCUAGCCAUUAGCUUGAGCUAAAAUAAAACAUCAAAAGGUUUACACCUUCAGCAAUUACUUUUAAUCACGGCGACAUGGAAGGGUACACACUUCACUAUGGA